AUGGCCCCAACAUGCUCGGACCCACGACAGAUCGUCAUCAGCCUCAACCCCGCACGACGCCAAGCUCUCUGGAAGCUCGUCAAUGAAAUCACCGAUUUCAUGAGCUCUCAGCUCGACGUUGCUGAUGAUGAGCUGGGCCCUGUUCUGUCCACACCUCGUGAUGAGAGUGGACCUUCGACACCCAGGGACGAAGAUCCCGAGACCCGUGUCCAGCAGCCAAACAGAUCAACUCAGUCCCUACGCAUCCAAAGAGCCGCACUGAAGCACCUGGCAGAAUGGAAACGGGAGUUUAUGCCCAAGCUCGAAGAGAUUAUCCGUGUCAAGGAUGACCAGAAGAUCCAGGAAGAGAGACGCAAGCACCAGCAGGCACUGGAGCAAAAGAAGCUCGACACACCUGAAGAAGGCGAGAAUCUCAUCAGUUUCGGAGAGACCAAGAUCGAUAAGCUGGAGGAUGUCACCUCACUCCAGGCCUUGUACCACCCCAUCCCAACGAGACUGACAACUAUCCCAUCGGAGGAUAGGAAGCAAGCUCUUUCAUGCAUCUUGCUUCUCAUCCUGUCUACGGGCAAGUAUUCGGCUCACACACGAGCUCUGGCACUAUAUCUUGCCUCCUCACUGGAGCUCUCACAGUCCUUUAUCAUCAAUGAAGAAAUUGAGAUCGCCAAGGCCCUUCUCGAAUCCUCCAAGAAUGGGGACAAGCAGAAAGAGGUCAUGUCUGCCGAGGCUGAAGCAGCCAAGCGCAGACAGGACAACAAAUUUAACAGAUUCUGGAAGGUUGGCCUCGCUUCCGUGGCUGGUGCGGCAGUUAUCGGUGUCACUGGAGGCCUGGCUGCCCCUCUGGUUGCCGGCGCUGUCGGCAGUAUCAUGGGCGGCGUAGGCUUGGGAGGUCAAGACCGUCGUCUUCGUGUCACUAUUGGAAUCAACGGCUGGCUUCACUCCGAGCAAGAUGUCACCAAGCCAUGGCGCGUCAUGAGUGACGACAGCGAAGUGUUUGCCCUCCGCUAUGAGAUGAAGACUCUCAUUGCCCUCGGACAUGCACUGCGUACCUUGGUCGAAUCUUUUGCUUGGAAGAAGCUCAAGCUCGAGAUCUUGAAGCGAACCGUCCUCGCAACUCUUCUUGCCGCCCUCUGGCCUAUCCAGUUGCUCGCUGCCGCCUCCAACGUUGACAACCCCUUUAACCACGCCUACAACCGGUCUCGCAAGGCUGGCCAGCUCCUCGCGGAUGCCCUAAUCAACAAGGUUCAAGGCGAGCGGCCUGUAACACUGGUAGGCUACUCUCUGGGUGCUACAGCUAUCCAUGCUUGCUUGCAGUCCCUUGCCGAGCGCCACGCCUUUGGACUUGUCGACACCGUUGUCCUAAUUGGAGCACCCGCGCCUUCAGCACCCGGUCAUUGGCGUACGCUUCGCACUGUCGUCUCUGGAAAGAUCUUCAACGUGUUCUCUGAAAACGAUCUUAUCCUCGGCUUCGUCUACCGCGCGCACAGUCUCUCUAUGGGAGUUGCCGGCUUGCAAACGAUCCCAGACGUCGAAGGAAUCGAGAAUCUUGACUUGAGCGAGUCCGUCAGCGGUCAUCUACGCUAUCCAGACCUCACUGGCGAGAUUCUUCGAAAGUGUGGAUUCGUCGGCGUCAAGGCGGCAGCGGAGAUUGAGAAAGAUGACCUUAUCAAGAUGAAAGAACACCAGACCGAGGGUGACUUGCUCAACUUUGAUGGAGCGCCGGAACAUGAUGAACGGAAGAAUUCUCAGUCGCCUCGCCAGGAAGAGAUUGCGAGUGAUCUCCGUGGGCUUAACAUCUCCCCGCCCGGCCUUGUGUCUCCCUCACAGCCUCCAGUCCAGGACAAGCAGGUUGAGAACCCUCCUCUUCCUCGGCGUCCAACCAAUCAUGGCGAUGAGGAGCCCGCGCCGAAGCUCCCUCGACGUCCUACAGCCAAGGAAGAAGAACCAAAGCAAGAGACAGCACCCAGUCUGCCUCGUCGCCCAACCGAGACUGAAAAGGAAGCUAAUCCUCCCCUGCCAAGACGCCCGACAGAACCUACUGGUCACGAGGAUCUAUCAUCGUGGGCAUGGAAGCAAGACCGGCCCUGGACACCAGAGUCAAACAAGACCGACGACGAAGAGUUCGGGGGCAUUGUCAUGGUUAACUACGAUACCGAUGGGAGUUCGAAAUAA